GCAAACAGGAAGUGCAAUGGCAGAAGCGGCUACUUCAACUCGAAAGAGGCUGAAACCAACAAUAAGAGAAAUAGUUUGCCAACUUCAAAAGUGGUUCUUUGGUCAAUGGAUAAUUUAGUGCUGCGCUUGGUCUUGCUCCAGUUUUUGGAAAUGUCGUUGGGGCACGGUUCGGGAUGACUUAGCCUCUUUCGAGCGGUCGAUAGUAAACUUUUGCUAAGCUGCUAGCUACCUGAGCUAAACAUAUUAUUGCGUCAAGAGCACUCGGACAAUACGAGAUAACUGUGGCUUACGUCAUCGUUAUGGGGGAUAAUGAGCUGAGUCUUAUUGACAAGAAUAUAACAAGUCUGCUGGAUAUUCCACGGAGUCCCACGGUGUCAUCACUCAAUCUGCACUGCAAUCGCAUCCCGAGGAUCGAGGGCUUGACCUCAGCUUGGCACCUGCGGCACUUAGACCUUUCCUCCAAUUGCAUUUCCAACAUUGAGGGUCUGAGUUCCCUUGCUGCCUUGAGGACAUUAAAUUUAUCCUGUAACUUAAUCACAAAGGUUGAAGGAUUGAAUGGCCUUGUAAACCUAACAAGAUUAAACCUGUCCUACAAUCGGAUAAAUAACCUCACAGGGCUGUUGUAUCUUAAUGGCACGGAGUACAAGUUGAAGCACCUCAGUCUCCAUAGCAACCACCUGGACUGCAUUGAUCACCUGCUGCAGUGCCUGCUGGGAUUGCAAAGCUUAAGAGAAGUCACUUUGAGUCAGGAUGGCAGAGGCAACCCUGUAUGUAGAUCACAAGCUUACUGGGAGAUUGUUAUGCAGUCGUUGCCACAGAUCUCUGUCCUGGAUGGACUAGAUCGGCUAGGAAAUCCGUCACAUCUUGGUCCAAGCAGUCCCUGUGAAAUUCCUGGUCUGGAGAACUAUGUGGACCUGCUGCUUUCUUCAGACACAAGUGAAAUUCUUAGAGGAGAUGGCCCUCUCACCACACCCAACAUUGACAAGGUGCUGACCCAGUUUCAUCGGCAGAUCUCUGAAGCAGUCACAGAGCCAGCUGCACAACCAGAGUGUUCCACUGUGGCUGAUCCAGGAGACCCCAUUAAUGAACAACGCAUCAGGAAACUGGAGCACCAGGUGUCCCAGCUCAUCCAGCAGGCCCCUGCUGGUGACAAAUCCACUCACUCUACUAAUGCUGUGGUGACAUUACGGAAAGCCAAGAGGGACACGGACCGUACGUCAGAGAGUGAAUGUGACAGCGGGAAGGAGAACACGAGGCACAGCAGGAUCCCCAAACAUCACAGCAACAAAACGAUGCCCAGCGACCAGGAGAAUCUUAAACAGAGGAGUUCAAAGUCUGCCGUGGGCCCGAGGAGGAAGCCUGGUGGCACAGGGAGUUUAGACACUGCAGGGUCAACAAGGAGUGGACCUUUGAGAUCUGCUAAGGCCUCAGGCAAUGUGAAAAGCAAGUCCAAUGAGGAGGCGGAAACCUACAGGACUAUCGUGGAGGAGCGUGACCAGGAAAGGGAGAGACGUUGGAAAGCUGAGCAGGCUGUGAGGAAGCUAACAGAAGAGCUAAAGUGCGUCCAGACAAAAGUCAGUGAGGAAAAAGACCUUCAGAGCAUGGCCUUGCACACCACAGACAGACUGAAAGAAUUGUUACUGAAGGAGCGAUCGGGGCACUGUGAGCUGCAGAAUCGUGUUGAGGAGCUGGAGGGGAGGUGUCAGUCCCUCAGCCAGCAGCUGGAAAAGGCCCGCAGCAGUGACGAACAACACAAGAUUGCACUUCAGCGACUUGAAGAAAGCAUAUCCCACGGAGAGGCACUCAGGGCUCGCCAGCAGGCUGAAGAGAUGAAGCAUCACCAGGAAGUGGAAAGCAGGGCAGCAGUUCUGAAGAGAGAGUUGGACAUUCAGAGAGUCUCCGUGCGCCAGCACAAAGACAAAGUGCAGCAGCUGCAGGAACUGCUCGCAGCCAGAGAACAAGAGCACAGAAAACAGCUGGAGUUGCGGUUGCUGCCUGGCGGGGCAGAUUUCCGUGAGGCAGUGGCAAAAGAAGUUACAUUAGUGGAACAGAGAGGUGCUCACAGGGAAGCGGAGCUGCAGGAGAAACUAGCAGAUGGCAGGAAGCAGUACGCCGCUCUGGAGGACGAGUUCCGCAUGGCACUCACCAUCGAAGCUGCUCGCUUCUCUGAGGUGAAGGAGGCUUUUGAUCAGAUGACUGCAGAGCUGAUGCAGCUCAAGGUGACGCUUGCCCAGUCCCAGCAGAGGGAGAAGAAAUCUGGCUCUUUGGUGCAGGAGCUCACAGCCAUGGUCAAAGAGCAGAAGAACCGAAUUGCAGAGCUCAUCAAAGCCAAGAGAGACGCUGUCACUGAUUUAAAGAGCCGUCUGCACUCCUUGGAAACAGAGGUGGAGAAGGACCGGCGUCUCAGCCUGCAGCUGGAGUUGCUGAAGAAAGACAAGACGCGACUGCUGUCUCAGCUUACUGCUCAAGAGUCGGUGAUCGACGGCCUCAGGGCAGAGAGGCGAAUCUGGGGGCAAGAGCUUGCUCAGCAAGGAGUGUCUUUAGCUCAGGAUCGUGGCCGCCUGGAGGCCAGGAUAGAAGUGCUGAGCACUGAGCUUGAGACACUGAAGAAACAGAAUGAGAGAGAGAACGAUGCCCUCAAAAUCAAAGCCAAAAUCAUUGAUGACCAGACAGAGACCAUCCGCAAACUCAAAGAGGCUCUGCAGGAGCGCGAUGAUCAUAUCCGUAGGCUGCGUGAGGAGGCAGCACAGUCCCACAAGAGGCUCCAGCAGCAACAGGAGGAGGAAAAGGCUCAGCAGGAAGAGCUGAGAGAGCAGCUCGAUCAUCUCAGCCUGCGCAAGGAGGAGCUGAAACGGCAGCUGGGGGACAAGGAGGCAGAACUUGAGGAAGUCAAAAGAGCUUACAGUGAUUCAAGUGCAAAGUGGAAGGGGAAGGCAGAGCUUCUCACUCGGUUGGAGAGCCAGGUGAAGCGCAUGAAGGAGAACUUUGAUUCCAAGGAAUGCUUGCUCCUCGAAGAAAGAGAUAAAGCAACAGAAGCACACAAAGCUGCUGUAGAGAAGUUGCGCUGUGUGGAUGAUGCUUUUCGGCGACAACUGGAGUCUGUCCAGAGCGCUCAUCAAGCUGAGCUGCUACGACAGGCUAAUGAAAAGCAGAGGCAGAUCCAACAAGCCAAUCAGAAGGUGUUUGAAGUGGAGGAUGAGAUGCGUCAGCUCCUGGAGGAGACGGAAACUAACAAGAGGAUCAUGGAAGAAAAAAUUAAACGACUCACGAGUGUACUCAAAGACCUUUAACCCAUCACAUACUUGUCGUUUUGUAGUUACAGUUUAUUAGUUUUGACUUUUUUUAUUCUUAAUUUAUUGUAUUUUAAUUCUUUAUGCUGUGAUUUACCGAAUAAAUUUAAUUUUGUGCAUAUUU